AUGUCCUCGUGGUACAGUGCGAUGUGCUCGUCGGCGUGCUCGCUGGCCGGCGAUGCUCUCAAUUCGGCCAUCGAGUGGAGCACGACUCCGUCGGCGCCGCAUCGCUUCUGCUGGGAGCCGGAGCCGCCGCGAGAGCCCACAAUCGUCGAGAAACUUAUCGAAUGGGCAGAGGAAAAGCUGAAGAAGGAGGCGGAGCCUCAGCCAGCGGAACCAGUGGAGCCGGAGCCGGAGAAGAAGCCGGCGGAAAAAAAGGAAAAGAAAGAGGAGUGGGAAAUUGUGGAGCCGGCGGAGCCGGAACCCUUCGAAAUGGUGUACAACACCGACGAGUACCUGCUCAAACGAUGCUAA